UAGCAUAGCUACGAAACGUCGGCUUUUUAAAAUUUUACCAAAGACUCAACACUGGCUAAACUUUUAAUUGAUUUUAUAAGUUUUAGCAAGCCUUUUGGCCUUUUAACAAUAAAGUUCUACAUUUUAAACGGAAAGCUGUGGAGAUUUCCCCUCAUCACAAGGACAAUUUCAACCACAUCAAGACCUGGAUUUUCAACAAGGAUCAUCAACUUCACCCUCUUCCAUAACUUCAACGGACUUUACAAACUUUACACAACUCACUGGCUGUGCAAUAAAGCUUAAAACUGGACUCUGGGGCUCACUUAAAUACCAUCUAAAGUGAGCCCCCUACACCUGGAUUACCGUAAACAGAGGAACUACCAGAAGAGAGGGUGUCUCCAGCAUCUCCACAGCCGGAGAGGGCCAUGACGAAUGAGCGGACAAACCAAGUCAACCAACUUGCCGUAACCGCCUCUGAGCCCUCUCCAACAAACGCUGUGGAUGUGCUGGAGCCACCCACCUCACUCCCCACCACACUUCACUCUCUCCCAACCCUUCCCUCACAACCCACACCACCCAACACACGCACAUUUCAUCCCACUUACCACAGCUACAGUAAGAACAAACUGGACGAAUGGACCAUUCAAAUUCACAAACCACUAGUUUUCCUGGGGGAUUCAAACCUCAACCGGAUCCCCUCCUUCAUCCAUCCUGACAUACAAAUUGACAGUUACCCCGGAGCCACCACACACCACUUUUGCAGAAUGCUGCAAAAGCUUCUCCCCACCCCCUUCCCCCAAGUGAAGUCGGUGGUCUUGUCGGUGGGCCUGAACAACAAGCACCACGACCCUCGGAAAACCACUACAAAACAAUUACUCAUACUUUACAAACAUGCUUCUACAGUUUUCCCCGAUGCAGUCAUACACUUCCCACUUCUUAAUUUUUCACCUCACCUUUUGACACAGCACAAAAACAACCUCACCUAUGUCAAUGAAUACAUUGCAUGUCACUUCCCCCACAUCCCUACUAUCCCCUCACAUACAUUUCACACCGCAAAGGACAACAUACACUGGACAAACCACACAGCACACACAAUAUUUACACAUUGGUGCAACUACCUCCAUUUUCAUUGACCCAACCCUUACCCUUGGACCUCCCAAACCCUAACCCUCCUACCCCCCCUCCUCCUUCCCAUCAUGAUUUAAUCAUGAACCUGUCCACCCUCUUCCAACCCACUUCCCCACAGCGCUCCCUGUUGGAAAGGGGGCUCACCUUCAUUCCACAUAACACGCGGGUCGACCAGGAGGAACUUCAGAGGGACCUUCACCAGUAUCACCGCCGUCUGAAGUUGAUAAAUCACUUCUCUUCAGACGACACCUACACUCCCACUCCAUUCACUCUCCCCUCCAAUUGGGAACCCCCUCCCUCACAAUUAGAUAAGGACUUAGUUAGACACAUGCACAAGGAUAGACAGGCACUUAGGUACUUUCUCCAACACCCCCCUCCCCCACCUACCAGUAACAUUACGCCAGCAGAAAAACAAGCCAUUUCACAACUCACAAAUAAUAAAUUUAUAGUAAUCAAACCGGCGGACAAGGGGUCCAAAAUUGUAAUCAUGGACACCCAGCACUACCUCACUGAAGCACACAGACAACUGAAUAACACCCAAUUUUAUACACCUAUUGCACGAUCCACCCAACCCGCAGCACAAGCCAUUGUCCGCCGUUUAGUCACCACCCUCUACCAACGCAAAUUUAUCAACCAUAAACAAAGCAUCUUUCUACAAGGACCAGAUCACCCUCGACCACGACAGUUUUAUCUCCUCCCCAAAAUUCACAAACCCCCUCACACUUGGACGGUUCCCUCUCAAGUUCCUCCUGGUCGACCCAUUGUCUCAGACUGCAACAGCACAACAUAUAACAUUUCCAUUUACAUUGACUCCUACCUCAACCCCCUUUCCAACAGACAUCCCUCCUACCUCAAGGAUACAUACCACUUCCUCACCCGGCUGCGACCCAUGGUAGUCCCCCAUCACACUUAUCUUUUCACUCUAGAUGUUGACAGCCUUUACACAAACAUAAAUACUCCAUCUGGCAUCCAAGCAGUUAAAAACACAUUUCUUAAAUAUCCGGACCCCCUCAGACCCGACACCAUCCUGUUAGAACUUUUAGAAACCUGUCUCACACACAACGACUUUAAUUUUGACAAUAAACUCUAUCUUCAAAUACACGGAUUUGGGAACCCUCCUGCCCCCAUCCACUACUACGCCCACUCCCCCUCCUAA